GUGCGGCCCCCGGGGCCCGGGCCGGGGAGCCAGGCUGGGGGCCGGGCCGGGGCGGGGCGUGCGGCCGAGUCACGCCCGCCUCCCUCCCGGGCCCAGGGCCGCUAAAAUGGCGGCGGCGGCGGUGACAGCGUCCCGCGCGGGGCCCGGGGGCCUGGCCUUCGCGUCGGGCGUCCACUAGCGCCCGCUCCGGCCCCGACCCGGCCCCGGCGCCCAUGAACUCCGUGUCGCCGGCCGCCGCGCAGUACCGCAGCGGGAGCCCGGAGGACGCGCGCCGCCCCGAGGGCCGCAGGCCGCGCGGUCCCCGAGCCCCGGGCCCCAACGGCCUGGGCGCCCCUGGAGCCGGCGCGCCCGCUGCUGGCCCGCCCGGGGCCGCGGCCGGGGAGCCGGACGAAGUGGACAAGUUUAAGGCGAAGUUCCUGACCGCCUGGAACAACGUCAAGUACGGUUGGGCAGUCAAAAGCCGCACCAGCUUUAGCAAGAUCUCCAGCGUCCACCUCUGCGGCCGCCGCUACCGCUUCGAGAGCGAGGGUGACAUCCAGCGUUUCCAGCGGGACUUCGCCUCCCGCCUGUGGCUCACCUACCGUCGGGACUUCCCGCCCCUGGCGGGGGGCUGCCUGACCUCCGACUGUGGCUGGGGAUGCAUGUUACGCAGCGGGCAGAUGAUGCUGGCGCAGGGCCUGCUGCUGCAUUACCUGCCCAGAGACUGGACAUGGGCCGAGGGCGCGGGCCUGGGCCCCCCUGAGCCGGUGGGGUUGUCUUCUCCCAACCGGUACCGUGGGCCUGCCCGUUGGAUGCCCCCACACUGGGCCCAGGGCGCCCCCGAGCUGGAGCAGGAACGCCGCCACCGGCAGAUUGUGUCCUGGUUCGCCGACCACCCCCGGGCCCCCUUCGGCCUCCACCAGCUGGUGGAGCUCGGGCAGAGCUCAGGCAAGAAGGCGGGCGACUGGUAUGGGCCGUCCCUGGUGGCGCAUAUACUCAGGAAAGCAGUGGAGAGCUGCGCAGAGGUCACCCGCCUGGUGGUGUACGUUUCUCAGGACUGCACAGUGUACAAGGCGGAUGUGGCACGCCUGGUGGCCAGGCCAGACCCCACAGCCGAGUGGAAGUCUGUGGUCAUCCUGGUGCCCGUGCGGCUGGGUGGUGAGACGCUGAACCCCGUGUACGUGCCCUGCGUGAAGGAGCUCCUGCGUUCCGAGCUGUGCCUGGGCAUCAUGGGGGGCAAGCCUCGGCACUCGCUGUACUUCAUCGGCUACCAGGAUGACUUCCUGCUCUACCUGGACCCCCACUACUGCCAGCCGACUGUGGAUGUCAGCCGGGCUGACUUCCCCUUAGAGUCCUUCCACUGCACUUCCCCACGCAAGAUGGCCUUUACCAAGAUGGACCCAAGCUGCACUGUGGGCUUCUACGCUGGGGACAGGAAGGAGUUUGAGACACUUUGCUCGGAGCUGACCAGGGUGCUCAGCUCCUCCUCGGCCACGGAGCGGUACCCCAUGUUCACGCUGGCCGAGGGCCACGCUCAGGACCACAGCCUGGACGACCUCUGCUCCCAGCUCUCGCAGCCCACACUGCGGCUCCCUCGCACCGGGCGGCUCCUCAAGGCCAAACGCCCCAGCUCCGAGGACUUUGUGUUUUUAUAGAGGGAGGGAUGGGGAGAAGAUGCGACACUAUUUAUUUUUCUAUUUAUGUCACGCUGGGGGUGGGAUCCUGCACUCUGGCUGGGAUGACUGCCCCUUCUCGACGCUGCCUGGACCAGCGCAGCCAGCCCAGUCCAGGAAACCUCCGAGCGGGGCCACCCAGCCAGAGCCAGCCCGCGUCUGCCCGCCUCCCGCCAGCUGGGCCCUCCGCGCGGCGGGGAGGGAGGGCCCCGGCACCCACUCAGGGCCUGACUCAGUACUGUAGUUUGCACUGGACGCCCGCGCCCCUCCCUGGUCCCCAAGCCCCCUGCCCUAAGGGCUGGUGGCGGUGGGAGGGGGGAACUGUGGCUGCUGGGGGCUAAUAAAGCCGUUGGACUUGACCUUG